AUGAAGAAAUUUCUAUUCAAGGGUUUUAUGGUACCAGUUUUUACGCCGUAUCGUGAUGAUAAAGACAAAACCAUCAACUAUGAGAUCAUUCCUGUUUACGCAAAAUAUUUAAAGACGAAAGGGAUAGAUGCUGUUUUGGUGAAUGGAACCUCAGGCGAAGGAACGUUGCUGACGGUAGAAGAACGAAUAAAGGUAACCGAUGUUUGGAGGAAAACCUGUACUGAGAACGACAUGAUUAUAAUGGUACAAAUCGGGGGCGCUCCAUUCCCCGAUGUUGUUACACUAGCUAGACAUGCUGAACAAGCAGCGGUUGAUGCGGUGUUGUGCUUGCCUGAAUUGUACUUCAAGCCAAAAUCACCGGAAAAAUUAACUGAAUACCUUAGAAACAUUGCACUACACUGUCCGGCGACCCCGUUCUUCUAUUAUCACAUUCCAAUGUUUACAGACGUGAACGUUCACAUGCCAACGUUCUUAAAUCUGGCUCAAAAGGCUAUUCCCAAUUUUGGUGGCAUCAAAUAUACCAGUGCCGAGUUGGAUCAAGGCUCCAGUUGUCUGAAACCAGGGAGAACAAUUUUCCUAGGCGCAGAUUCCAUACUUUGCCCUGCAGUGGCAGCUGGUUUCGAUUCUUUCAUUAUGACUACCUUAAAUAUAUUCCCUGAGCUUUCGAUGCAAAUCAUCGAUUGUAUGCGAAACAACAACAUGGAGGAAGCUCGGCAGGUGCAGCAGGAAUUGAAUGAGAAGAUUUCGGAAAUUUUGCAACAUGGUGACUGGGUGACUUCUAUGAAGAAUGCUUUCAAUGAAAGAUGCAAUCUGAAUCUCGGCAAGACUCGCGCUCCACUAAGUUAUAACUAAACUGUGUUUGUGCGUAUUUAAUUUCUUACAUUUAUGGUAGAGAAACUAUAUUACUCGAAAUAGGACGAGAACGGAGGAGAAAUAAUAAUUAAAAUAAAAGCGGCGGCAAACCUUAUUGUAUCAUCACGGUAUCGAUCCCAGAUGCUUGAUAUAAG